GGCAUGCAGCGGGCCACUAACGUCACCUACCAAGCCCACCACGUCAGCAGGAACAAGCGAGGCCAGGUGGUCGGCACCCGGGGCGGCUUCCGAGGCUGCACGGUUUGGCUAACAGGUUUGUCUGGCGCAGGGAAGACCACGGUAAGCAUGGCACUGGAGGAGUACCUGGUGUGCCACGGCAUCCCGUGCUACACCCUGGAUGGUGACAAUAUCCGCCAGGGCCUCAACAAGAACCUCGGCUUCAGCCCCGAGGACAGAGAAGAGAACGUCCGCCGUAUCGCUGAGGUUGCCAAGCUGUUUGCAGACGCGGGCCUGGUGUGCAUCACAAGUUUCAUUUCUCCCUAUGCGCAGGAUCGCAACAAUGCGAGGCAGAUCCACGAGGGUGCAAGCUUACCCUUUUUUGAAGUGUUUGUUGAUGCCCCCCUGCACGUGUGUGAACAGAGAGAUGUCAAAGGGCUCUACAAGAAAGCCCGGGCCGGAGAAAUCAAAG